AUGAAUGAAAGGAAUUCUCCCUCCCAAAAUAAAGGGCCAUUGUCCCGGCUGCCCCAGGAUUGCCUGGUCACAAUCCUGGACCAGCUCUCGCUGAAUGAUGCCCUGGCCAUCUCAUCUACCUGCAAGGACCUCAGUGCAUCGGCCACUCCAUUCGCCUACCGCAGUAUCUCGUUGGACUGGACCUCCCGGCCGCUCAAAAGGCUCCUGCAGCUGCUUCGGCUGGUCUUCCAAGACCCCGAGCUGGCAUCCUGCGUCCACCAUCUUAGUCUAGUAUCUGCACCCGAUGCCGAGGAAUGGGAGGACACCCAGCCGGAGAUCGACUGGGAAACCGAGUCAGAGUCUUUCCGCGACGUGCUAGACCAGUCCAUGGAUCUUGUUCGGCGCGCCCAAUUCGCCGAUGCCGAGACCUGGCAUCUGCCGAUCUACGGGGGUAAUAUUUACUGCUUUGCAGCGAUCCUCCUCUCUCAGCUGCCCAACCUAAAGUCGCUCCGUCUAGAUUACUCGUUAGUCUGGUGGGAUGGGUAUCCGGGCUUGAUGAUCAAACAGGCCGUCCUCUUCCCCAACGGGACCCUCUCUACAUUCAAAGACCUUCAGGUCGUGGACUACGGUGGAAAUGUCCCAAUUGCCGAGUCAGAGUGUGAGGAUGAGGAUGUGUAUCCCGACAGCUAUCCUCCGUACAACCCUAGCCAGUUUACGGGCUGGUUCUGUCUUCCAUCUCUGCGCGUCUUGAACAUCUGGAUGCGAGAUCUCGACGACCUGCAGGAGAUGAAACCUGAUCUGGAUCUUAGUAAUCUAGAGACGCUCAUUCUGCCUCGCGCUACGAUCUCCGAUCAGGAUGUGAGCUUCCUGCUCUCGCGGGCAUUGAAGCUCAAAAACUUGCACCUCGGAAUGGCCUAUGCUUGUCGCCGCGAGCUAGUAGUAAGCGACGCCCCGAUGCUAGCACAGGCCCUGGUCUCCGUGAGCCCAACUGUGCAGAACCUCUCACUCGGGGUGGAAUAUUACCCCGCGAGUUUAGGCGAUCAUGUCUGGGGCGACGCCGAUGAUCACAUCAAGGAACCAUUUUCCCAUAUUCUGCAUCGGUUCUCCAAUCUCCAAACAGCAGAGAUGCCGCUUUGCGUUCUGCUCGGCUGGUUCGUUGAUCACGAUAACCCCGCCAAACUCGGCCCUCUCUUACCAAGGUCACUCCGCGAGCUGUGCCUACGAGACGACCUACGGAGCUUGUACGAUUUUCACUGGGACGAGGAUGAGGAAAUUAGCCUGCUACACCGCUUCCUUGUUGACUGGCGUGCGCACACCCCGGAACUGCAACGGAUCACCAUGCGUCUCUGGGAUCAGAAUCACACGGAGUUCCGCAAGGAGGAAGAGGAAGCGCUGCGCUCUGCGUGUGCGGAUGCAGGCCUGACGCUUGACAUAGUUGUGGAUGAUUUGGGGACUGGGUUGUGGAGUCGGAAGAUUGUCCCUUGA